CGUGCUGACGCGCGCGGAAGCGUGCCGUGGACCUCGGAACCCGCGGGGCAGCGGAGCUUCUGCUGCGGGCAGGCUCCCGCAUGAGUCGGGGCAGCAUGCCCCAACCCGGAGCGUGGCCGGGCGCGAGCUGCGCCGAGACGCUGGCGCGGGAGGCGGGCGCCGAGGGAGGGAGGGCUGCGGCCAGCGGGCAGCCCCGGCCCCAGAUGCGGGGCCCGCCCGAGCACGAGGAGGACAUGUACCGUGCUGCAGAUGAAAUAGAAAAGGAGAAAGAAUUGCUUAUACAUGAAAGAGGGGCAUCAGAACCCAGAUUAAGUGUGGCUCCUGAAAUGGACAUAAUGGACUACUGCAAAAAGGAGUGGAGGGGCAAUACGCAGAAAGCCACAUGUAUGAAAAAGGGCUAUGAGGAGGUCUCUCAGAAGUUCACCUCGAUCCGCCGAGUCCGUGGGGACAAUUACUGUGCGCUGCGGGCCACGCUGUUCCAGGCGAUGAGCCAGCCGGCCGAGCUGCCCCCCUGGCUGCGGGACCCCGACCUCACGCUGUUGCCGGAAAAGCUGAUAAGCAGAUACCAUUGGAUCAGACAGUGGAAACUGGGACUGAAAUUCGAAAGGAGGAGUGAGGACCUGGUUGAAAAAAUCAAGGAUUCGCUCGCGCUGCUGAGGAACAAGUGGGCAGGCCUGGUGGAAAUGAGGACUGCUGAGGAGAGACAGAUGGCUUGUGACCAACUGUUCAGAAACGAGGAGGAGGAGUACAGCCUGUACGAAGCCGUGAAGUUUCUAAUGCUGAGCAGAGCCAUCGAACUGUAUGAUGACAAGGAGAAGGGGAAGGACGUGCCACUCUUCUGCGUGCUCCUGUUUGCUCGGGACACAUCGAAUGACCCAGGACAGCUGCUGACAAACCACCUGAACCAGGUGGGGCACACUGGUGGCCUUGAACAGGUGGAGAUGUUCCUCCUCGCCUAUGCCGUGUGCCACACCAUCCGCGUGUACCGGCUGUCCAAGUACAACACUGAGGAGUUCAUCACAGUCUACCCCACUGACCCACCCAGGGACUGGCCGGUGGUGACCCUCAUCGCGGAGGAUGAUCGGCACUACAACGUCCCCGUGCGGCUGUGCGAGGAGACGAGCCUGUGACUGGCACCCCCAGGCUGUCGACAGCUGGGCUGCACGCAGCUCCUGGCUGGGCUGUGCGCCCUGGGAAUCGUGCUGGACUUGGGUGUUCUGGACAAUAAGCUGUACCUGAAUCUUCACCCUUACCUGUGAUGCAGUGGUUUCCGUGGGGCUCCGGGAAUACUCAUCAGAGGUGCACAUCUGUCCCCUUCCCCAAAGGCACUUCAUUUUGUACCAGAGGAACCUCAUUUUGGAGGGGAAUGUGUUAAUGUCUCAAAUCAAAAUUCUCUCUAAUGGCAACCUGGCUUUUUAAAGACUUUUUUUGGGAUGGUAA